GCCGGGGGAAUCCGAGAGGCGGGCCCCGAACUCCAGUUGGUGGUGCCGGCGCGGGCGGGGCUGCUCACGGAGCCCACACGAGGCCCGGGACCGGAGGUGGGCGGUGCGCUGGGACAGCUUCCUCCGGCGGCGGUGUGCGGAGCUCGGCAUGGAGCAGGAUCCCCAAGGUGUGUUCCAGGAGGAGCUGGAGUGGUGCAUUUCACAACUGGAGGCAGAUCUCCAUCUCAUUCCACACCCCAAACUAGCAGAAGAGACCCAACACAUUUUCAAGGUCCUGCACUCCCCUGAGACUCCUCUUGCAGAGAAGCAACAAGUGAUGAGCAAUGAGUUUGGGGAUUGUCAUCUCAAGAUGGAUGAGGGUCAGAAGAGCAAGGAGAAAGGCAUGACCCCUGAUGUUGUGGAAGUACAGCCAAGCAAGGGGCAGGCUUCAGAUGGUGUGAAACAGUCUGACCCAACCCCUGAGGCAAAGCCAGAGUUGUUCACAUCAUCUGGCUGCAGCUUCCGAUUUGAUUUUACACUUUCCAGGACCAACCCAGAAGCUGACCCCGGUGACAGUGGUGCUGAGCAAGUACAAAACAAUGUCAGAGCCACCAAGCAGGAGAACUGGAAUGGUGCCUUGAGGUUUGCUGCCUCUGGACAAGAACCCAAGUUUGCUUUCAACUUUGCCAUCCCAGAUGAAGACUGUCCUCAUCUUCAGUUAAUUCCAGCAAGCCAAAAUACAGAGCACACAGCAGAUUCUUCACUCCCUGCUGAAUCAGCAGCUUCUGCCUUGCAGAAGCCUGAGGUGACUCAAGUGACAAGGAGUGCACCCAAAGAGGAUAGAAGCCAAGUCACAUCAAAGAUCCCCCAAACAGAGACAGACCCUGCAGACAAGGCAAUGACAGAGAAAUCAACAGGAGGUGGAGCUGCCCAGAAGAAAAAGAAGAAACAAAAAGCACCUGUCAGUAAAAACAAAACAGAAGAAACUGAGACCAGCAGGAAGGCAAAGGCAGAAGCUAACAGCUGUCAAAAUACAGAUACUUCCCAUCAGGAUGAGAUGACCUCUCAGUCAGAAGAGCAGCUGUGGAAGGAGGUGGACUGGUGUGUGAACCAGCUGGAACUUGGCUUGAAGACACAGAAACCCACUCCAAAGCAGGCUGAGGAGGCUCUCAGGGCAAUCAGGACAUUACGCAGUGACAAGGCUCCACUGGUGAAGAAGCGUCAGCUCAUGAGAGCCAUGUUUGGAGACUACAGGAAGAAGAUGCAGGAGGAGCUGUGCAGAGAGCUGAAACUUAUGGAAACAGCUGCAAAAUCUGCCAGGAUUGUGGAGUUGAAGGGAAGCAUCCACAAGAAGAAUGGCCGGUUCAUCCGGAAGUGCUUGGGAGCUUGCAGGAAAAGCCAAGGUUCAGCAGAAUCCCCUUCAGAGUCACACAGGACACUUAGCACAGGCUUAUUCAAUUUCACAACUCCCCAAGAAUUUCACUUUAAUUUCUUCUAGAAAAGUCACUUUGACUAAAACUGUGCCAGAUCUCCUGUAAACUGAAGAACGGUGGAAAGGUGCUGUGCAGAAGGAAAUGUCAUGCAUGAAUCUCUGGAUCUUCUUCCAGGGUGCCUUAUCUAGAAGUUUAAACUAGAUCUGCCUACUAUGCAUAUGACCCCAAAACUCAGCCUACAUAAGUGCACCUUUGUGCUCACAUUGGAGAGAGGCAGCUUUGUAAGGGUCAGCAGUGUGGAAGGAUCUGCUUUCUUUCCUGUAGAAUUGACAUUAACUGUAGAAUCUGUCUUCUAUACCAUGAGAUUUUCCCUUUCUCCCGUUGCUUUUAAAUAGAGCAGAGCCUUUCUAGCAGCUGAGGUGGCAAUGCAUACAGCAGGGAAUGGUUUGGAAUCAAGAUCCAGAGCAGUGGAUAGCUGGGUGUUUCCACUCCCCAAGUCUGUGUGAAUGCAGCUUCUGGCAUCCAGCACAUACCAGCAGUGUGUCAAGUCUGACAUGGAGGAGUACGAGCUCAGGGUCUUUGAGGAAAAGUGAGCAAGACCCAUUUUUGCUCAUUCAUCUCUUUCACUGACAGGUACGGACCUAGAAUAAAACUGCACAUCAUGAUUUAAUCCAGCCUAGAGAUGUAAGGACAACUGUUUCCAGGAAAGCAGGGAAAUUUUUUGUUGCUGAAGCCAGGUUCUGGACAGCUAGGAAGGAUGUACAAUCAGCUCUGAAAUAAAGUUUACUUCAUAAGUAGCUCAGUUGCAACCACUAGUGCCUCAGAGGGAAAAUUAGCUGCAUGCCAGCCUUGGGUGGUGGUAAAAUAAACUGUCACAGCCCAAAGACUCUCUUCCAUUUGAUUUGUAUUAAAUUUUGGCUUUUUGAAUGUGUGUCUCCAGUCAAUACUGCUUGAGUCACUGAACCCAUCUCUUAAGUUCAUGCAGAAGAUCUUCCCACCAAGUGUAAACAAUGCUGAAAGAAGUGCUGUGAAAGGCUACAUGGUAUCAGGUGUCCCUAGGGAGCAGUGCAUUCCUGACUUUUAUAGUCCAGUCAGCCUGUGUGAAAAGUGGGAAAUGGGAGUGUAGCCAGAUUCCAGGGAGUGCUGAGAGCAGCUGAGACAUGGUGAAAAACAUAGGCUGUGAAAGACUAAAAACCUGAUUCUGGCUCUAAAAAAAUUAAUUAAUUAAAAAAUUAAAAUCUAAAAUUAAAAAGUAAAAUUUAAAAAUGAAAAAAAUUUAUUACUAAGCUCUGAUGGCAGGCAGUUGCAUCUGCAAUACUUUUUUAUUUCUUUUAAAUUUUAAAUAUUUUAAAAGAAUAUUUUAAAGAAUUCCUGUCUGGGCAUAAGAAACGGAACCUGGGUAACAUAUAUGAUGAGGAGAAACAUGGAAAAAUUAAUUUUGUCUUUUGUAAGUCAAUAGAUGAAAACUGGAAAUCGAGGUCAGCACACUUUAUUUGCCAAGGAGCACAGCUGUUACUUUGAAUGUAUAGAACAAUCUUAGACAGUAUUUUUUUUUAUUUCCAGGAUUUUGCAUUAAACAUACAAAAGCUG